GAGUCUUUCAUUCCUUCUGUCUGCCCUCCAAGCACUCCCAAUAAGAGUGAACACCCAGUAAUUGGAGUUCAGGUCCACCCAGGCUGUAUCGCGAUGAGCUCGCAACGGAGCAAUCCCCACGGCCAGAAGCGGCCACGCAUCGGCGAGCGGACUAUGCUAGCCUGCACCCACUGCAAGCAGAAGAAACUCAAGGUUCAAUCAAGGCUGACGUUGAUAAACCUACCUCUGCCACGACUGACGCUGAUAUUCCCUGGCAGUGUGAUGCGCAGAGCCCGAGAUGUCACAACUGCGUGAGGACAGGACGAGGUGUGUUCUUAACCUGUCAUAGUCCUCCCAAUUUGACUGAUCCCUUCCAUCGCCUAUGGCCCCGCUCACCCGGAACCGCAGAAUGCCUCGUCGAAGAUCCCGCAACAGGGCAGCAUCGCCCUCGCGACUAUAUGCAGUCGCUGGAGUCGCGAGUGGCCUACCUUGAGUCCCUCCUGCAGCUGGUACGCCCCGACGUUGCCCUGGAUCACUUCCCGCCCUCACACGACCAGCGUCAGUCGACACCCGGCCAUGCGGGGCCGCUCGACCAGGCACAGCGAGCCGGUUCCCAUGACCCGGAACAGAAUAUGGACGUUCUGUCAUCCGAGGUCGCGCUCCUGUGUCUCAGCGCUGCGGGGCGUGAGCCCCAUUACUUCGGCCCGUCGUCGGCCUUGUCUUUCUCCCGGAUCGUCAGCACCACCCUCGGGCUGACGAAGAGGGGCAGCAGCUCACAGCAGGACGUGAACGGGCCCGACCUGGUCGAUCAGGAGAUGCGGCGCAGUCAGAAGCCGAGGUUCCCGUCGCCACGCGUCGCGGCGGCGCUGUCCGAGGCAUACUUCAACAACAUCCAUCCGCAGUACCCGUUCCUUCACCGGCCGACAUUCAAUCACUGGGAACAGGAAUGUACCGCUGCAAAUGUGUCUGGGGACCUCGAAACCGCCAAGCCCAUGUCGUUGUUCUUUACCCUAAUGGUCUAUGCCAUCGGGUCGCUUGUCACAUCGGCUACCCAACGCGACUCUGCAGAGGGUUAUUAUUACAUGGCAUUAGACUACAUUGCCCCGGUUCUCGAUCUCGAGACGUUCGAGUCCCUCCAAGCGAUCCUGUGCUGCGCCGUCUUUUCCGUCCGCUCUCCGGUCGGGGUCAGCCUGUGGAAGAUAUCAGGCAUGGCCAUCCGGCAGUGCAUCGAGUUGGGCUACCACCGGAGCGCGGCAAAGUACCGGAAGCACGCCGACCCGCUGACGGUUGAGAUAUCCAAGCGCAUCUUCUGGGUCGCAUACGACAUCGACCGCGUCGCAGGCCUGAUCCUGGGCAGGCCAUUCGGCAUCCCCGACGAGGCCAUCGACGUCGAGCUGCCGCUGGAUAUCGACGACGAAAACGUCACCCGCGACGGCUUCCUCCGGGGCCCCAGGAUCGAUCCCGGUGACCCGCCGACCAACAUGACGGGGGCCCUCCACGUCAUCGGGCUGCGGCGGCUCUGGUCGAGGUUCGCCGGGACGCUGUACCGGUCGAUAUCGCGGCGGGACGGGGUCGACACGGACGCACUGAUCGACGGGCUCCGGCGGGAGCUGGAGGAGUGGCACGCAUCGAUCCCCGACCAGCUCUUCUGCGCGUCGACGCACCCGCUGUCGGUGUUCGCGUCGAGGGAUUGGUUCCACCUGGCGUACGAGCACUCGAUCCUGCUGCUCUACCGCCACCACAUGACGGGCGAGCAGCAGGUCACGUCGCAGGACCCGGCCGAGCGGCGGAAGAGGACGGACCGCAUCUUCGAGGAGUGCGCGUCCUCGGCAAGGCAGAUGUGCAUCCGAUACCGCAGACUGUACCAGAGCUCCUCGAUCCAGUUCACCUGGGGGUCGCUGCACAUUCUCUUCCUGGCAGGGCUGACGUACCUGUUCUGCCUGUGGCGGUGCGCACGGGUCCGCGAGAAGUCGCGGCAGAUUGAUGUGGUGAACACGUGCAUGGCCUGCACCAUGGUGCUGACCGUCACGGCAGAGCGGUGGAACUUUGCGACGCCGUACCGCGACAUAUUCGAGCUGCUGUCGGUCAAGACCAUCAGCAUGGUCUGCGGCGACGCCGAGUUGCCCGUCGGCGGGGGUACGGGUCUCGGCGCGGGGCUCGGUGCUGGGCUUGGCGACGUGCUCGGCGGUCCCGGCUCCUCCGCGGAGGCCCUCGGCCCGCCCGUCCCCGAGUUGGCGUCGUUCCAGGACUGGCUUGCCGGCCUCGGGGACGUGCCCAUUCCAGCAGAGUCGGAGUGGCUGGUCGAGGAGCUGCUGAACGGCAUCCGCGACUUCGAGGCCAAUCCCGCCCCCGCAGGUGGCAAUAAUGACAUGUCCUUCUUCACAGGCGGCCGUCCCCUCGCUGUCGACCCGAUGGUGGCAGACGACAUGACCCUUGGGGGCGAGACGUUGGGCGGUGGGACUUGAUUGCCCCAAGACAGCCUGUCUCAAUUGUACCAUUCAUUAAACGAACCAUUACUACGUUAUAGCGCUAUAUCGCCU